UUUCCAGCCCUUGGCCAGCGGGGCAGCCUGACUAACCAGCUCCUCCAGGCCCACACUGUGUGGGGAGGGGCGCGGCCCGAGGCGGCCAGACCGGCCCCAGGCUGUGGGUGUGGAAGCAGGCCGGUGGGCUGCAGGCGUGCUGCAGGCCGUCAUGGGGCUCCCCGCCAGGCAGCCUCGCCCCUGGCUGCUGCUCUUGGUGGUGCUGGGCUGGCCCCAGCCCUGCCUCAGCCUGGAGCUCAUCCCCUACACGCCGCGGAUAACCGCCUGGGACCUGGAAGGGAAGGUCACGGCCACCACGUUUUCCCUGGAGCAGCCGCGCUGUGUGCUGGACGGGCACUCUGGUGCCGCCGACACCAUCUGGCUGGUGGUGGCCUUCAGCAACGCCUCCAGGGUCUUCCAGAACCCCCAGACACUGGCUGAGAUCCCAGCCUCCCCACGGCUGCUGACCGACGGCCACUACAUGACGCUGCCCCUGACCAUGGGCCAGCUGCCCUGUGAGGACCCUGCGGGCGGCAGCAGGCGCGCCCCGGUGCUUAGGGUGGGCAAUGACGCCGGCUGCCUUGCUGACCUCCAUCAGCCUCGCUACUGCAACGCCCCGCUCCCGGGCCCAGGACCUUACAGGGUGAAAUUCCUGCUGAUGAACUCCAGCGGCUCACCCCAGGCCGAGACGAGGUGGUCUGACCCCAUCACUCUCCACCAAGGGAAGUCCCCGGGCUCCAUCGACACAUGGCCGGGGCGGCGGAGUGGAGACAUGAUCGUUAUCACCUCCAUCCUGUCUUCUCUGGCUGGCCUCCUGCUCCUGGCCUUCCUGGCAGCCUCCAGCGUGCGCUUCUCCAGCCUGUGGUGGCCGGAGGAGGCCCCGGAGCAGCUGCGGAUCGGCUCCUUCAUGGGGAAGCGCUACAUGACCCACCACAUCCCGCCUAGCGAGGCGGCCACCCUGCCGGUGGGCUGCGAGCCCAGCCUGGAACGCUUCCCCAGCCUCAGCCCCUAGCUCAGCCCACCUGGCUGGGGCUGGGGCAGUGGGGGCCUGGGGGGUGAGUGCACAUGUAUGUGCAUGUGUGUGUAUGUGUGUGUGUCCCGCAUUGCACCUCCGGCCCUGCCUGAAAUCCCACCGCUAGCAGCCCUGCCUUGGGCUUUCCCAUUUCCCCCGCCUCCAGGCUGUUGGGGGAGGGUUGUGGUCAGGCCGGGCAUCCAGCCCCCAAUGCCAUCUGCCUCGAGCGAGGCUGGAGGUCAUGUGGACACACUGCCUGAAAGGAGGCUUCCAGGCCCCAGGAGGAGGACUUCAGUGGGGCUGGGCUGGGCUGAGCCCAUCAUGGGGUACGUGAGGCCUCCGUCUGUCCCUCUGUCCUAUCCACCGGCGGCCGGGGCUGCAGUGAGGCCUUCGGAGGUGCCUCCAUCGUCCCUGGACAUGGGCCACCUCUCUGAGGGUGGCCCUCACUGGCUGAAAGGUCAGACAGUAUAGAUCGCUGUGACGAUCCGGCUACCACUUAUAACCUCCUUGCACAUGCAGAUAGCACACACACUCAUGCACUCACUCCCAUUCCACAAGCAUUUAUUGAGCGCCUGCUGCAUGCCACACACACAGUGUUAGACAUGGGCCCCCACGCAGGGCCCGCCGCUGUUCUUGGGGCACUCACUCACUGCUCUGAGCCUCAGAUGACCAUGUGUCCUGAUGCGACCUGCUACUCUUGGGGGGGCUAUCACCCCCUCGGACUGUCACGCACCCUCGGGCUCACACUCCUGAGACGAUCUUCCCCGAUGGACUCUCCGGUCCGGUAGCCAGCCAGCCCUUCAUCACCCAGGAGGAGCUACUUUAUCCAGCGUCCAUCCGCCAGCAAGGCCGGUGAUUCCCACCGUGGACACAAGGGGGCGCCGUGGCGCCGCGGCUGCCGAGUCCCGCGCGUGCGCACGUCUGUGCACAGCUGAGCGUCCCGCCGCUGGACCCGACGUCUCACAGCGGCCGCCACGCAGCUGGGUCUCUGGAGGUCACGGCUCCAGUUUCCACCUCAGCCAAGCCAGAGGAUGAGCAGUCACACUGUCGUUUGAGGAUCAACGGUGUGUCGUCCAACUGCACAGCUGUCAUCGUUUUCUGGAUGGAAAAACAGGCUCAGUGAUUUGCGCACGAUCCACUGUCCCCGCACCCCGUGUCCCCCCGCCGCUCCCAGGCCCUUCUAAGCCUGACCGUGGCUCCCAGCAUACAGGCCGCCCCGAGGAGGGCGCCAAGCGAGGAACUCUACCCCCGCUCCCCUGACUUUGAAGAUGAAUAAAUGCAGUCUGGCUCCUCCA